UAUCACACAUACAUACAUCCUUCCCAUUUGUAUAUCCAUUCAUUCAUUCAUCCAUUCUUUUCAUUUCAUUUUUUCUCUCUUCACAUCACACUACUACUUCUUCAAGGAACCGAUUAUUGUUUGGUCAUAUUAGAAUUGUAAUUAUUCUAAAAACUGAUCCAUCUGAAUCAGCCAGUGCUUCAUAUAGGGAGGAAGCUAGGAUUAUAUACAUACAUAUGGAAUCUACAUCGUUCAUUCCGAAUCAAAUAACAAACAACAAUUGCGAUUCGUCAAAGCGAAGAAAGCGGAAGAAGUUCCAAAAACACUCCAACAACAAAAAUAGUAAUAAUAAUUGUAUAAAUCAAUCCAUAUAUCCAUCAUGGAAAUCAGAAACACAACACCAAAUUUACAGCUCCAAGUUAUUACAAGCCUUACGUCAAGUCCGAGCCAACAGGUCAAACAAUAAUAAUGUCAAACAUCACCCGAGCCAAGACCGAGCUAUUAUUCGUGAAGCCGCAGACCGAAUGCUGGCCGUAACGGCUAAAGGCCGAACACGAUGGAGUCGGGCUAUUCUUAAAAACAAACUCAAGCUCAAAUUUAUUAAGAAAAACAAAAGACAGAGAGGUUUGAUAGCAGCUAGUGCAACCGGGAAUAGCCGGUUAAAGAAACCGAAAGUGAGUAUAUUGAGGUUGAAAACAAAGAAUUUACCGUCUAUACAAAGGAAAGCACGUGUUCUUGGUGGGUUGGUACCCGGUUGCAACAAACAGUCAUUGCCGGUUGUAUUAGAAGAAGCAACUGAUUAUAUACCUGCACUUGAGAUGCAAGUUAAAGCCAUGGCAGCCCUUGUUGAACUCUUAUCUGGUGGCUCUAGUUCAACUGCCGGCUCCGGAAUUUUAGGUCACCUCAGUUUGAAUAAUCGGCCGUCACCCAACUCAUGAUAUUGAAAUACUUUGUUAAUUCUGUCAAGUUUUUUUCUUUUUUAUGUCUAUGUUUUUUCACUC